AUGGACGCCUUUACUCCAGCACAGACGACCGAGCUCGUCUCGCGCAUCGGUGCCAAAAAAGCCCGUAUGAGAAUUGACAAAAUGUUCAUCAACUCUUUCAUGGGAGGAUGUCUCAUUUCUUUUGGAUGUGCUCUUUCUCUCUCCACCAAUUCUUCCCCAUGGUUUCAAACAAAUGCUCCAGGUCUUAUCCGUACCAUCUCUGCGAUGGUCUUCCCUGUGGGAUUGAUCAUGGUUGUCCUUACGGGAGCCGAUUUGUUCACAAGUUAUUGCAUGUACAGUGUGGUCGCUUUAUUGCACAGACGCUGUAGCUUUUUGGAUUUGUUGAAGACUUGGGUUGUCAGUUUCUUCGGAAAUUUGGCGGGAGCUUUGUUUUUCAUGGCUGUCCUUACUGGUUAUGGCGGCACAUUCGAAACUGGAGCAUACAAAGCGGAAGCUCUUUCAUUUGCAAAGGGAAAAGCAGUUACCCCAGAAUGGCAUCAAAUUUUCCUCAAGGCAAUUAUGUGCAAUUGGCUCGUCUGUAUGGCCGUAUUUCUCGCUAUCUCGUCCCGCGAAGUUCUCUCCAAAAUCGUCGCUAUCUGGUUUCCUGUAAUGUGCUUCGUCGGUUUGGGAACUGAUCACGUUAUUGCUAACAUGUACUUCAUUCCUCUCGCCAUCUUCCUUGGAGCACCUGCUCCCCUUACAGUAAACUACUAUAUCUGGAAAUCAUUGAUCCCAUCCCUCCUCGGUAACAUCGUCGGCGGUGGCGUUUUCUGCGGUGGUGUAUACUGGUAUCUUUUCCUCGCACAUGAAACUGUACCAAUCCAUUUCGAUACUGUCGAUGCAAACACCGCAGUUUAUGAACAAGGUGGUCCAAUUCAAAGACAAGUUACAAUUGAGGGAGCAGGAACAGGUUAUGGACAUGCCCAAAAUCCCGAGGUAGUUCCACACUCAGGAAACAACGGAAGAAGUGGGAUUGCCAAAGAAUUGCAUCUCGGGGCAGUCGAGAGUUUAGGGAGAAAAAAGGAGGGGAGUGAGGGAAGCAGUGGAAGUGUUUAA